AUGUUCGAACAGAUGGUGAAGGACAUGCACGUACCACCCGAAAUAUUCUGUGAGCUCACUGAUGAGCAAAAAUAUGUUCUGCAUUACGAGAUACGACAGGAGCAAAUUCGCCGAUAUAACGAAUGGCAGCGAUCCACUGAUAAUGUUGGCAAUGCUUCAAAACCCAAACAUAAGCUGAAGUUCUCUCUCAAGAAAAAGAAAGUGAAGCACGUCAAUUUUAUUGAGGGAUUAGACGGAAAAUUGCAGGUACAACAAAUAUACUUGGAUCCCGACAAUAUGGUGAAUGAGUGAAUCCGGAAGCUGCGGAACACCAUGAACCAAUAUGCUUUUUGCUGUCUCUUUUGGGAGGACCGCACUAGUCGUCCGUUAUCUUCGCGAGAACUUUCCAAGGAAGAUCUAUUAAUAUGCCUACCCCACUCGGUGAUUUGCUUAGAUGAACUGAUGGGAGCAGGUCAGCCUUUGUCUUGUCUGCUGGGUUCAGUGUUACUCGGGGAAUUCGAGGUCCAUCAUAAUGCACUAAGGUCGGGUGACAUGCUACGCGUCUCAGC